AUGACUGCCACCGCCUCUUCAUCAACCGCGCCCGCUCCCGCUCUCGCCAAAGCAGACCCAGCGCUGUUCAGGGACGUGCAAUUCUUCGUGAAUGACACACUCGACCCACAGGUCAGAGCGGCGAUCGAGGAUCUGCUCGUCGACUCGGGCGCGACCCCGUGUCGAAGCGAGCAUCCGUCCAGCUCCUCCUCCUCGUCUCGCCUGCCUCGUUUCGACCUUUCGUCCAUCACCCACUUCAUCACCGACACCCUCGACUUUCCCGAGCGCAAACUCAUCGAGGAGCUGAAUGCGCAAGAAGGCGGAAAGACGAAUGUCGGGCUUGGCAUUGAGCUGGACGGCGGGAAGGGUAAAGGAAAGGACGCAGAUGGCGCGGAAGGACAACAAAUCGAGAUAGUUACGCCUGCUUGGGUCACCCGUUCUUACGACCUUCAGAUUCUUCAGUCCCCUCGCUUCUACUCUGCCGACAAGGCGCUCUAUUUCUCCGGAACGGUUGUCUGCACCUCCGAGCUCCCGCAAGCCGACACGCUCUCGAUCCAUGCCGGCGUCCUCUCUCUCGGCGGCCAAGUUCGCCGCGAACUGACCCGGGAGGUCACGCAUCUCAUCUGCCCCGCCGAACAUGGUGCAAAGUACGAGAUGGCUAUCAAGUUUGGCACGGAGCUCGGCAUUGUCGUCGUCCUGCCGCACUGGUUUACGGAGUCGCUACGACUGGCGCGCCUCGUACCUGUCGACAUCUACCGCUUCCCGUCCCCACCCUUCACGACAACCCUUCGCGACCCGUCCAUAUCGUCCAAGCCUUUCGCAGACCGCCUCUUCGACUACUGGAAGACCCACCUCGAACCUUCGUCUUCAUCCGCCUCGAAAGCUCCUUCGCCUACUCCCAAUACCGCGACGCACGUCAUUCUCGGCACCAACCGUGCCAACCAAGUAUGCGAUGGCGCGGCGCGGGACGAAGAGAGCUACGUGCGUACGAUGGCCGAGAUGGAAGUCGCCGGGCGGGAGGGUCAGCCCAUUGCAGGCGUUCCUCCAGCGCACGAAGACGACCCGACCUUGCGUCCCUUCGCCAACAAGCGGUUCUACCUCGCGUCCGACCUUGGCCUUUCCGUCGGCCUCGAGCGCGCCCUUCGAGCGAGGAUUGCCGAAGGCGGCGGGUCCUGCUGGUCCUUCGCUUUUGACGUCGAGGUGUCGCUUGACAUGCCUGGGGCGGGAGAAGGAGGCGAACGGAGCCGUCGCGCGACGACCGAGGGGAUCGAUGCGUGGGAGAAGCGGAGACAUGCAGAGAAGCGGCUGAAGAAGAGCGACAUUGUCAUCACCCGAACGAGGGAGGGCUGGGAGUAUUGGACGGCCUACGACCUCGGUCUCUCGAUUGCCAACCUCAACUACCUCUACCACUGCAUCUCCACUUCGACCCUUCCUUCACCUCUCUCUCGCCUCCUUCACUACCCGCUCCCCUCGCUCUCCGGCAUCCCCGAAUGGUCAAGGGCCUCCGACGACGGCAAGAAGAAGGACAUUAUUGUCACCGUCUCGAACUACUCGGGUCCGGCUCGCGACUACGUCCGCGCCUUGAUUGAUUGUACCGGUGCCAAGUUCGAGGGCUCGAUGACCAAGUCAACCGACUAUGUGAUCACUCCUUCGGAGUACGGCUCGAAGGUCCAACACGCCCGCACGUGGGGGCUGCCGCUCGUCACACAUCUCUGGCUCGAAGCACUCAUCCUCGAAUGGCGGUUCAUCCCUCCCUCGACGCAUUCCUCCUACCUCCUCCCGCUCGCCUCCCCCUUCGGCGCAUCCAGCACGAAUUUUGCCGCCAUCCUCGGCGACACGGCCUACACACGCGAGGGGAUCGCCAAGUGGGCUGAGCGCGACGAGGUGCAGCAGAUGCGGAAGGAGGCGCUGCGACCGCUUGAGGAGCUCGAGCGACUGGAGAGGGAGGAGGAAGCGCGGAGGCGAGCGGCAUUGGCGAGUGAGGCGGAAGGUAUUGCGCGGCAGGGAGAAGAGCUUGCUGAGGAGCACGAGUCGAGCGAGACUGAGGGUGAUGGUGCAUCGAUGGGCUCGAGGGAAGCCCUCGAACACGCCGCGCAGAACCUCCCCACUCCGCCUGAACAGCCCCGGAGACCUCCCGCCGCCGUGCAGGCUCCUCCAAAACCUCCUCGACAGCUCUCGACCCUCGUCGGAGAUACGCUCGACGGACAUGCCGGUCCCGUCACAGGUCCUUCGAAGCAGCGGAGCAAGACGCCUCAGGGACCGCGACCGUUCGCUGCCGAGGUCCGCCCGGCUGUCAAGCAGGAUGCGAUGGACGUCGAUGACGCGGCGGACGGAUUGGUGACGCCUGCACGGCCGACCAAGCCGGCCAAGAAGAAGCUCGCGAAGGAGCCGACAGCUGCCGCCAAAACCGUCAACGGUGCCAACGGCAAGAAGCGCCAGCGCUCAUCGUCGCUUUCGUCGGCGACCUCCACAAGCUCCGAUGACGACGACCUGCCGCAAUCAGCCAAGGCUAUGCGCAAGACGUUCGCCCAAAUCAGCGACGAGAACCUUGUCGUGGUCGGGACGAAGCGUGGCGCAGCGGCGAAGGCUCGUCAAGCGCUUGCUGUCGUCAUGGAAGACCGGAACGCGUUCGAGAAGGAGCUCAAGAGCAGCGGGCGAAAGAAGAAGUAUGGCGACGCGCUCGGUGGGCCUUCGAGGAAGCGGAGUCGCAGCCCGACGAAGAAGGCGACGCAGGACGGCGACGGAAGCGACGAGGAGGAGGAAGAUGAGCCCGAGAGCUCGGCUCCGAAGGCUAAAGCGAAGGCGAAGAGGCCGCCGAAGGAGGAGGACGAGGAGGACGAGCUGGAGAGGCCGAAGAAGAAGCCCAAGCCUGUCGGCACUGCCGGCAAGCCAGGCGCCAAGUCCGCUGUCAAGGCGCUCCAGGCGUCGGCGGGCGCAUCAAACACGCAGGAUGGCGUCGUUUCAAGCUUCGACAGGCCGCCGAAUGGCAAACCUCCUCAGCCCAUCUCGAAGGCCCAGAAGAUCAAGAUAAUCUCGACCGGUCUCGGACUCGACAAGUCGUCCGACGAGAUCAAGGCCCUGAAGAGCUUCGGCGCCACCUGGACGGACAAUCCGAAGGAGGCAACGCACCUGGUCGUCAAGAGCAUCUCGCGAACGGAGAAGUUCCUUUGCUGCUUGCCGUUCGUGCCGAAGAUCGUGACUAUCAAGUGGGUCGAGGCGUGUCUGGCGGCGGGCAAGCUCGUCGGUGAGCAACCCUAUCUCCUGCGCGACACGAAGAAGGAGAAGGAGAUUGGCGACACGCUCGAAGCGAUCCUCGGUCGGGCCCGCAAGGGCAAGCUCUUCGAAGGCAAGACGAUCUACAUCUCGCGCUCGACUAGCCCCGAGCCGACCACCAUGCAGAAAAUCAUCGAGGCGAGCGGUGGAGUCGUCCACGUCAAGGACCUCUCCAAAUUCGUCAAGAAGAUCGCUGACAACCCGGACGCGCUCGUCAUCUCGUGCCCGAGCGACCGCCGCGAAUGGGAGAAACUUGCGUCUUCGCCGAACAAGAAGAAAAUCUAUUCCGUCGAGGCCGCCCUCACCGCCGUCCUGCACCAAGAUCUUUCGCGCGGGUUCAUCGACGCCAACAGGUGCGAUUACCAGCUGGAGAAGUGA